AAUCUUACCAUAGUCUUGGAUACCUUCUAUCUCUUAAUAUCUCUACCUUUCUUCCUCAUAGUACUUCACAUAUAUCAAUUAAUCAAAAAAAGAAAGAAGCUAAAAUGGCACUUCCUGUGACACAACAAGAAACAAAAACUCUUCCAGAUGCCUGGGAUUACAAAGGCCGACCAGCUGUUCGAUCCUCGUCCGGCGGUUGGUCUAGCUCCGCCAUGAUUUUAGGGAUUGAGGCGGUGGAGAGGCUAGCGACAUUAGGUAUUGCUGUAAACCUGGUGACAUAUUUGACUGGGACCAUGCAUUUAGGAAAUGCUAGCUCGGCCAACAACGUGACAAAUUUUCUUGGAACUUCAUUUAUGCUCACUUUGCUUGGUGGUUUUGUAGCAGACACUUUUCUUGGACGGUAUCUUACUAUUGGCAUCUUUACUACUAUUCAAGCCAUGGGUGUUACAAUCUUGACAAUCUCCACUAUAAUCCCAAGCCUUCGACCACCAAAGUGCGAGCCAGGGAGUUCAACAUGCAUCCCUGCAAGUGGCAAACAACUUAUGGUCCUAUACGCCGCCUUAUACAUGACGGCGCUCGGGACGGGCGGGUUGAAAUCCAGCGUGUCCGGGUUCGGGUCAGACCAAUUCGACGAAACGGACAAAAAAGAAAGAGGACAAAUGACAAAAUUCUUCAACUGGUUCUUUUUCUUCAUCAAUGUUGGAGCACUUGCUGCAGUGACAAUAUUAGUGUACAUUCAAGAUAAUUUGGGAAGAGAAUGGGGUUAUGGAAUUUGUGCUUGUGCUAUUGUUAUUGGUUUGGUGAUUUUUCUAUCAGGCACGAGGAAAUAUCGUUUCAAGAAACUUGUAGGGAGUCCGUUGACACAAAUUGCUUCGGUUUUUGUGGCUGCUUUGAGGAAAAGGCAUAUGGAAUUGCCUUCUGAUUCUUCACUUCUUUUCAAUAUUGAUGAUAUUCCUGGGGAUGGUAACAAGAAAGCCAAGCAGAGGUUGCCUCACAGCAAAGAGUACCGUUUCUUGGACAAGGCAGCCAUAAAGGUAAAUGACCCUGAAUCUGCUGGAUUUACCGUGGUGAACAAGUGGAACUUAUCAACUUUAACCGAUGUUGAAGAGGUAAAAUUGGUAGUCCGAAUGUUACCAACAUGGGCCACGACCAUUAUGUUCUGGACUGUCUAUGCACAAAUGACAACAUUCUCCGUGUCACAAGCUACAACCAUGGACCGUCACAUCGGAAAAUUCGAAAUCCCUCCAGCCUCAUUGACACUUUUCUUUGUCGGAAGCAUCCUCUUAACGUGCGUAUUUUAUGACCGAGUCGUCGUGCCGAUCGCACGACGUGUCCUCAACAACCCCCAAGGGCUAAGCCCGCUGCAACGUAUUGCAGUUGGCUUAGUCCUUUCGAUUAUAGCCAUGAUUGCGGCUGCGUUAACCGAAGUGAAGAGAUUGAACGUGGCACAUUUGCAUGGAUUGACCAAUAAUGCGAAUGCCAUGGUACCCUUGAGUGUGUUUUGGCUAGUCCCGCAAUUCUUGCUAGUGGGGGCAGGUGAAGCAUUUACUUAUAUUGGACAACUUGAUUUCUUCUUAAGGGAGUGUCCAAAAGGGAUGAAGACUAUGAGCACGGGGUUGUUUUUGAGUACACUUUCACUAGGAUUUUUCUUUAGUUCAAUUUUGGUGACAAUUGUGCACAAAGUGACAGGGAACAAACCAUGGCUAGCUGAUAAUUUGAACCAAGGAAGGCUAUAUGAUUUCUAUUGGCUAUUGGCAACAUUGAGUGUGUUGAAUUUGAUGAUUUUCUUGUUUUUCUCAAGACGGUACGUGUACAAGGAGAAGAGGCUUGCUGAAGUUGGAAUUGAAAUGGAGGAUUCAGAACCAGCUUGCCACUAAGGCAAUUAUCUUCAUUAAGGCAAAUUAGUUUUUUUCUUUUUUGACUCUUUAACUUUAUUGGAAUUAAGGUUACGUGUAUGGUAACCUAGUUGCAUAUGUACAAAGAAUGGGAAAGAGCCUAGUUGAUGAAAAGUUGUAGAGCUCUUUCCUAUGUUACUUUCUCCUCUGUAUCUGUAGAAUAACUAAAAUAAUAUAAAUCAAAUGCAAUCGUAAGAGCCAACUUCCCAGAGAAA